GGCAGUCUAAAGCAUAUCAGGAGCUUGAUCAAGUAAUUGGUCAUUCUUGUUUACCAGAAGUUUCUGAUGAACAAAAUAUUUCUUAUAUACGUGCUAUGAUUAAAGAAGGUCAAAGAUAUUCAAACUCUAUUGUGAUUUUAAAUCAAUAUGGAAUUCAUAUGAAUGAAAAAAGAUAUGAGAACCCUAAAGAGUUUAAAUCUGAAAGGUUUUUAGGAGUUACAGAAAGCAGUGUAGCUUUAACAAAUGGAAAUUAUGAAAAUAGAGACCAUUUUGGAUUUGGAGCUGGAAGAAGGCUCUGUACUGGAAUGCAUAUGGCUGAGGGGGAACUUUUAUUAGGAGUUUCUCGUCUUUUAUGGUGUUUUAGAAUAGAGAAUGCCUCACCAUUAGGUAAGGAUGGUAAACCGAUACCAACUGAUUUAGAUAAAGCACGCAUUGGUAUUACUAUUUGGCCUGAAGAGUAUCAUUAUAGGUGA